UUGAUAAACCUCUCUCUCAUCUUUCUAUCUCUUGUUCUUUUGUCCAUCUCUCUCUUUCUCUCCAGCAAUGCUUGGAAGCAACAGAGAAGUUAUGUGGCCAAGACUUGUGGCCAACAAGAUCCUAAGGAAAAGCGUCGGGAGCAACAACUUCGUCGCUGAUUUCCCACCUGAUACCGAUCAGAAGCUUCUCGAAGCGUCCGGAUUAGUUGAUGAACGACCUUCUUUCACUUCUAAAUCAAUUCUACUCGAGCAACACAAAACUACUCAUCUCAACUACAAGGUUUUUGUAAGCACAUGGAACGUUGGUGGUAUCGUACCGGACGAUGGGCUUGACAUGGAUGAUCUAUUGGAAACACACAAAACACCGAGCGACAUAUACGUGCUUGGGUUUCAAGAAGUUGUGCCUCUUCGAGCUUCGAAUGUAUUGGGAUCAGAUAACAACAAAGUCUCUGUAAAAUGGAACUCCUUGAUAAGAGAGACUUUGAACAAGAGAGCAGUAGCAGAACCUCAUCGAGACAAGGACUUGUCGGAAUCAAAGGGCAUCAAUAGUAUUGCACAAGAUUUCAGAUGUAUCAUAAGUAAACAGAUGGUCGGAAUAUUGAUCACCGUUUGGGUCCGAGGUGAUCUCUGGCCAUACAUCCAGCAUCCUAGCGUUUCAUGCGUUGGAUGCGGCAUCAUGGGUUGCUUAGGAAACAAGGGAUCAGUAUCGGUUAGAUUUCAAUUGCACGAGACGAGCUUCUGUUUUGUUUGCUGCCAUCUAGCUUCUGGUGGCCGUGACCGAGAUGAGAGACAAAGAAACUCCGAUGUCAACGAGAUCUUAGCAAGAUCGAGUUUUCCUCGAGGCUCAUCUCUCGAUUUACCCAAAAAGAUUCUUGAUCACGAUCGAGUUAUUUUUUUGGGAGACUUGAAUUAUAGAAUUUCAUUACCCGAGGAUAAGACAAGAUUAUUGGUGAAAAGCAAAGAAUGGAACAUCUUACUAGAAAAUGAUCAGCUAAGCAUGGAGAUCUUGAACGGCCAGAAUUUCAAAGGAUGGCAAGAAGGAAUUGUCAAGUUCGCUCCAACUUAUAAAUAUAUUCCGAAUUCGGAUUUAUAUUAUGGGUGCAUUACAUACAAAAAAGAUGAGAAGAAACGAGCUCCUGCAUGGUGUGAUCGAAUAAUAUGGUACGGAGGUGGACUGAAGCAACAUGAAUACACGAGAGGAGAAACGAAGAUAUCUGAUCAUAGACCUGUCAAAGCAAUUUUCACCGCAGAAGUUACUGUUAUAAGGCGUGGUAAAAAGAUUCGUAACUUCUUUUUCUCGGACAGAUUUGAAGACACAGUUGCCGUUGAUUCAAAAGACUACUCUUGGAUAUCUACGUAGUUUAUAUAUAUUAACUAGCUGGGGUGAUAUAUCUUGUAAGUUGUGAUCAGUUGUUCACAUAUAUAAUACACACAACUAUAGUUAUAGUAUAUAAAUUUAGAAAGCUUAUAUGCAUAAAGUCUUGGUUUUAUAAAUUUUUGUUCUUAAUUAGCAUCUUGUAAUAAAAGAAUCUAUAAUAUAGGAUUUUGUGAGAUAUUUGUAUAAAUAUGCAAAUCUUGACGAUAAGUGACAGUUGUAUGGUAAAAUAUCAUUCGAGAA